AUGAUGAUUGCACUUUCCAUGCAUGUUACUAUUGAAUUAUGUCAAUUUUUACAAGUUGGCAUUGGAAUCUUAGCCAACACCUUCCUCCUCUUCCACAUCUUCACAUUCCUUCUGGAUCACAGACCUAAGCCCACUGACCUGAUCAUCUGUCACUUGGCCUUUGUCCACAUAAUGAAACUCUUCACUAUGCUGUUUUUGUGUCUAGAGCUGUUUGAAUCACCAAACUUUCUGAAUGAUUUCAAAUGUAAGGCUUUAUUCUACAUGAGCAGAUUGAUGAAAGUUCUCUCCAUCUGCAUCACCUACCUCUUGAGCAUAAUCCAGGCCAUUACAAUCAGCCCUAUCACCUCCUGGUUGGGUAGAUUUAAACAUAAAUGCACAAAUAACAUCUUCCAUUCCUUCAUCAUCUUGUGGUUUCUCGGUUUGUCUCUCAGUGCCCCUACUGUUGCAUCUUCUAAUAUGACCCAGACCAGUCUACUGAAAGUCAGUAAAUACUGUUCACUUUUCCCUAUAACCUCCAGCAUCAAGGCACUGUUUUUCACUUUGACAUUAUACAGGGAUGUCUACUUCAUAGGAGUCAUGCUUCUCUCAAGUACAUACAUGCUGACUCACUUGUUCAGGCAUCAGAGGCGGUGCCAGCACCUUCACAGCACCAGCCUCUCCUCAAGAGUCUCCCCAAAGGAAAGAGCCAACCAGACCAUCCUGUUGUUGGUGAGUUUCUUUGUGAUUGUGUACUGGGUGGAUUCAUCAUCUGUAAUCCUGUUAGGGAUGUGUGUCACCAUCAUCCUAGAUUGCCAGAAGAUUUGGGGCAAUGUCUAUGCCACUGUCAGUCCUUUGGUACUAAUUAGUUCUCACAAAAAUAAAAAUAUGUUGCAAAAAUGUGGGAAAAUUAUAGGCAGCAGGGCCGCCAGGACCAGUGAGAUGCGGUCCGCCCGGCCUCCUAGAGCGGAAUCCGAACUGCGCUGGAGGGCCUUGCGAGCGCUGCUCCUUAGCAUCCCCUCUGCCUUGGUUCCGGGGGCGCAAAGCCAGGCCAAGGGACCACCGGUCGUCCGAGGCGGAGGCAAGGGCUACGUGGCUGCAGGGGGAAAAGGACUGGCACUUGCCUGCCGGGGCGCCUACAAGUUCUGCAGGUUGCGGACCCACGCGCAGAACGCGAGGUGGCUGGCCCGCCUAACCCUAAGGUGGAGUAGAGGGGAAGUGGCGGGAGUUUGGCCGGAAGGCUGA